AUGCCGAAUCCUGGUGGCUACGCUCUGGUGGUUGAUCCGACACUCAUCGGGCCUGACAGCAACAUCAAGUUCACCCGGGUUCUCAUUGAUAAUGGGAGCAGCAUUAACAUCAUGUACCGAGACACAAUGCUCAAACUCGGCAUUAUCGAUAACAUGCUUGAGCCCAGCCGGACUACCUUCCACGGUAUUGUGCCAAGAGUGUUGUGUGCACCGGUGGGCAAAAUCCGAGUUGACGUCUUAUUCGGCACAAGGGAGAAUUGUCGGACAGAGAAUUUGGUAUUUGAAGUGGUGGAUCUCAACAGCUCGUAUCAUGCGCUGAUGGGCAGACCGGCAUUGGCCAAGUUUAUGGCGACAACUCACAUUGGCUACUUAAAGAUGAAGAUGCCGGGGCCAAAUGUUACAAUAACUAUAUCCGACAACUACAAGCGUUCAAUGGAGUGCAUGGCUGCGGGUUCUGCUUUGGCCGAAUCGCUGGUCAUUGCCGGAGAGAAGAAGAAGCAGUAG